UGAAACCAUGCUCUAAGCAGCAAUUGAAAAACAUAAGAAAAUCAUGUUUAGGGCUGGAAACUUACAUCACUCUGCAGAAGAAUCUGAAAGAAGAACCUUGCCACCUAUCAAAUCUGCCAGUGACAAGUAUUUCCUAGAAUCUCUUGGUGAAUACAUUCAACAUGAGAUGGAACGUCUGAUGUGUCCAGACGAGGGACCUGAUGAGCAACGCUACAUCAUUUACAGUUCUGCAUUUGAUAAGGUAAUUGAGUAUGCAACUGCAUACAAAACCAUUCUCACUUCCAUCAAGAAAGAGUAUGAUGAGUUCAUCUGUACCAUAAAGAAGAGUGAGCGUGAUGCCAAGUUAGCACAUGGGAAACUGAAGGCCAUGGUGGCCCAGCCCACCUCCCUUAUGUACUGUCAGAGAAGAGCUGUCCAGCUUCAAGAAAGGAUUGCUAUCAUUCAGAGAGACACUGCAGAGCUGCAGGCUGAGUUAAAUAGACUACAGGAGUCAAGGAGAGACAAGAGACCCUCAUUGCGUCAGAAGACCUCAGACAGCAAGACAUUACGGCCCGUUGGGCAAAUUCCAGGUCUGACAUUUGAUGAGUCGAUGAACCCAGCAGCUCUGGCAAAGCAUUUGGAGUACCUUGAGCGAAAGCGAGCCGACCUGCAGAUAAAGAGGAAGAGCCAGUAUGUAUCUGUUUCUGUCAAGAAUGACCUGGACAAUAAAAUGCGAUCCGCCCUGGACCAGAGGGAUGAGCUGGCAGUGGAGAAUGAGAGACUCCAACUCCGGUUCAUUGACCUAUUUGAGGGGGGUGAGUAUGAGGCAGCUGCUUUCCAUGCUGCCAAAUCCCCUCAUGGAGUUUUGAGAAACAUGGAGACAAUGGAAAGGUUCAAAGCGGUCACAGUGUACCAUGGCCAGGGGGAACUGCCCCCUCUGCUUCUCUUCUUCCAGGCACUCAUGAUCUCGGUGCAUGCUGGGAAACAGCUGCCUGGGGAGACCCUGUCAGUGGAGGGGGUCCGGUGUGCCAUGCAGCUCAACUAUGUAGAGCUGGUCACACACUGGGUAACCCAGAAGAGGCUAACAUACAGCGAGGCUCUGGGGGAUGUGAUCUGUGAGUAUGGAGACAGGAAGCUGCGGAUGGCCGACACAUGCCUGGCUCUGGCCCACAUCGUCUACAAGGCCUGCGGCGUGCUCAGGAAGGCCGCACUGAGCAUGUGCAAGAGAGGCAUGACCAGCAGUACUAUGGAGUUCAUCUAUCAAAGCAAAGGCUUUACUGCAGGUGACUGUCUGUUUGUGCUUAUGGGUUGUCCCAGUCUGGCUCUUCUCCAGGCGUUGACUCAGGAGUACCAGGGCCAGCCUGCAGUGCUUUCUAUGGGCUUUGCCUGCCAUGCUCUGCUCAACUCUGAUCUGGAGGACCUAGCACUGCAGAUGGUGGAGGAAACACAUUCAAGUGGGCAAGGUACUUUGGAGAAGGUGAUUCUGGAUGAUACUGGGUGUUCUGCAGAGAACUGGGGUGAGAUAGCAGGUUGCUGUGGCCAGAAGAACAAGCCUUUACUGGCCCAGGAGAUCCUCUCCAUCCUGCUGUCUCAGUCAGGGGCCAUGCGCCUCUCCCCUGGCAUGGAGAGCUCCAGGCUGAUGCAGCAUGUGUUCAUGUAG